UAGCCUGGCGGACGCGAUUGCACACCCCGGGUGGAGUCCAGACGACCGCGCGCCGAGUCCAUCCGCCUGCCACGCUCCGCAGCUCCGCCGUCCUACACCAUGGCAGAUCGCCGGGACCCAGCCAGCGACCAGAUGAAGCAGUGGAAGGAGCAACGGGCCUUGCAGAAACCCGAUGUCCUGACCACCGGAAGCGGGAACCCAAUAGGAGAUAAACUUAAUAUCAUGACCGUGGGGCCCCGGGGCCCCCUUCUUGUUCAGGAUGUGGUUUUCACUGAUGAGAUGGCACACUUUGACAGAGAGCGAAUUCCUGAGAGAGUGGUACACGCAAAAGGAGCAGGUGCCUUUGGAUACUUUGAGGUCACUCACGAUAUUACCAGAUACUGUAAGGCAAAGGUGUUUGAGCAUAUUGGAAAGAGGACGCCCAUUGCGGUCAGAUUCUCGACAGUCGCUGGAGAGUCAGGCUCAGCUGACACAGUUCGUGACCCUCGGGGGUUUGCAGUGAAGUUCUACACUGAAGAUGGUAACUGGGAUCUCGUGGGAAACAACACCCCUAUUUUCUUCAUCAGGGAUGCCAUACUGUUUCCAUCCUUUAUCCAUAGCCAGAAAAGAAACCCACAGACUCACCUGAAGGACCCCGACAUGGUGUGGGACUUCUGGAGCCUGCGUCCAGAGUCUCUCCAUCAGGUUUCUUUCUUGUUCAGUGACCGAGGGAUUCCGGAUGGACAUCGGCACAUGAACGGCUACGGAUCACACACGUUCAAGCUGGUUAAUUCGAAUGGAGAGUCGGUCUACUGCAAGUUCCAUUACAAGACCGACCAGGGCAUCAAAAACUUGCCUGUUGCAGAGGCAGGAAGACUUGCCCAGGAAGAUCCAGAUUAUGGCCUCCGAGAUCUUUUCAAUGCCAUUGCCAAUAGCAACUACCCGUCCUGGACUUUUUACAUCCAGGUCAUGACUUUUAAGGAGGCAGAAACUUCCCCAUUUAACCCAUUUGAUGUUACCAAGGUUUGGCCUCACGAGGACUACCCUCUUAUACCAGUUGGUAAACUGGUCUUAAACAGAAAUCCAGUUAAUUACUUUGCUGAAGUUGAACAGAUAGCUUUUGACCCAAGCAACAUGCCUCCUGGCAUUGAGCCCAGCCCUGACAAGAUGCUCCAGGGGCGCCUUUUUUCCUAUCCGGACACUCACCGCCACCGCCUGGGACCCAACUAUCUGCAGAUACCUGUGAACUGUCCCUACCGCGCUCGAGUGGCCAACUACCAGCGUGACGGUCCCAUGUGCAUGCACGACAACCAGGGCGGUGCUCCCAACUACUACCCCAACAGCUUCAGUGCGCCCGAGCAGCAGCUCUCAGCCCUGGAGCACGGUAUCCCGUGCUCCCCAGAUGUGAAGCGUUUCAACAGUGCCAACGAAGACAAUGUCACUCAGGUGCGGACAUUCUAUACGAAGGUGUUGAAUGAGGAGGAGAGGAAACGCCUGUGUGAGAACAUCGCAGGCCAUCUGAAAGAUGCUCAGCUUUUCAUUCAGAAGAAAGCGGUCAAGAAUUUCACUGACGUCCAUCCUGACUACGGGGCCCGCAUCCAGAAUCUUCUGGACAAAUACAAUGCUGAGAAGCCUAAGAAUGCAAUUCACACCUACGUGCAGGCUGGCUCUCACUUUGCUUCAAAGGAAAAAGCUAACCUGUGAGGCAGAGCAGAAGGCUCCCCUGUCAUCACACCAUGGAUUUUCCCCUGCCGAAGCACAGAUUCACGCUGAUGUCUUUCAAAUGAUGAUCCCGGCUCCUGGAGUGAAUGAUAGCAAUGCUUUUGAUGCUCUUUCCCAAGGGGGGGAAAUUAAAGGUUAGGGCUUAGCAAUCAUUUAACAGAAACAUGAAUCUACACAGGACUUCUGUUUGGAUUAUUCAUUUAAAAUGACUACCUUUCAAAUGAUUACAAGAAAGGUUUCCUAGCCAGAAACAUGAUUUGAUUAGAUAAGAUAAAUUCUUGGUGCUAUUAGUGUAUUCUCAUGUACUUCAUGGCCUGAUAUGUAUACAGUACACACACACACACAAAUGAAGAGAAGACAAAGUUGGCCCACUCAGAUUUUUUUUUUAAAUUUUCUAAGGUCCUUAUAAACAAAAACAAAGACACUGAUAAACCAGUGUCUUCCAAGAGUAACUCUAGCACUGUUGAAACUUAAUGUUUAUUCCUGUGCAAUUAAUCAGAUCCUAACAGUGGUUUCACAUAGGUUGAUUUGUACUUGCUUACAUUUUUACAAUAAAAUGAUUUACACGGAA